AGUAUAAAAAUGAGAACACAGGUUUUUUCUCCACAGCGUUGUUUUCUUUUCUUUCUUCAGUCUCUAAACCCCGUUUUUCUGUCUCUUCAUUUUCCCUUUGUCUUUUCAUUUUCUCGCUCUAAAACCUAACACAAUCUUGGAACAAUGCUCCUCAAAAUACUUUGAUUCAUCGCACCAACUUCUAGGUUUCGAAAAUUUCUCUCCGAUCGUUAUCACAUUGAGAUUUUGUUGGUGAGUUUGUUGUAAAUCUUGCAAUGGAAUUUUCUUCAUCUGCACUGUAACUGUAAGGUUUUUCGGUUAAGAACUGAAUGGGGGUUUUGUUUUUUCUAUUUUGGUUUAGUUCAGUUUUAAGGUGUUUGUAGAGUUAGGGUUUUCUGAAAAAUGAGAGAAGGGUUGAGAUCUCAGACUCGGUCUGGGAAGGGUUCUGUUCAAGGAGAAGUUGUUCAUAAGAAAAGGGUUCGUGUGAAGAAUGAGGUUUUGGUUUCGGGUGAUGAGGGUUUGGUGGAACGUAAGAAGGCCGUAGUCGAGGCUCUAUUUUCAGGUGAUGAUGAUUUAGUGGAACCUACCUCAUUGAUUGAGAAGAAGGGUGAAACUGAGUCAUUAGUUUCGGGUGAUGAGGGUUUGGUGGAACGUACGAAGGCCGUAGUUGAGGCUUUAUUUUCAGGUGAUGAGGCAUUAGUUUCCGGUGACGAGGGUUUUGUGGAGCCUACUUCAUUGAUUGAGAAGAAGGGCGAAACUGAGGCAUUAGUUUCCGGUGACGAGGGUUUUGUGGAGCCUACUUCAUUGAUUGAGAAGAAGGGCGAAACUGAGGCAUUAGUUUCGGGUGAUGAGGGUUUAGUGGAGCCUACUUCAUUGAUUGAGAAGGGUGAAACUGAGGCAUUCGUUUCGGGUGAUGAGGGUUUAGUGGAGCCUACUUCAUUGAUUGAGAAGAAGGGUGAAACUGAGGCUUUAGUUUUGGGUGAUGAGGGUUUAGUGGAGGCUACCUUAUCGAUUGAGAAGAAGGGUGAAGUUGAGGCUUUAUUUUCAGGUGAUGAGGGUUUAGUGGAACCUACUUCAUCAAUUGAGAAGAAUGGUGAAACUGGGGCUUUAGUUUCGGGUGAUGAGAGUUUAGUGGAACCUACCUCAUCUAUUGAGAAGAAGGGUGAAGUUGAGGCUUUAGUUUUGGGUGAUGAGGUUUUAGUGGAACCUACCUCGUCGAUUGAGAAGAAGGGCGAAGUUGAAUGUGCAGGCGUUGUUGAUUGUGCCGUGAAAACAAAAUUUGAUUUUGAUUUAAACCUGGAUUUGAGUGUAAAUGUUAACAUAGAUGAGAAUGAGAACAGUAGCCCUAGGAGUUGUUUAAAAGAUGGGCAUAGUAUUGCAGUAGCUGAUAAGAAGGAGAAUGAAGGGUUGAGUGGGGGUCGUAUAUUGCGGUCCAGGUUAAAGAGGGGAGAUGACAAAAGAGCUUAUAAUGGAGGGCAUGAUUGCAUACCUUCUGAGAAUGAUGGAGAACAUGGUCAGUUGGAGAUGAUACAAGUCAAGAAGGAGCUUGAAGAAGCUGAUGAAGUUUUAACUGAUGGUAAAAAGAAUGAUAGGGUUAUGUUGAAAAUGGGAGGGAAGGGCAAGAAGAAAUUGAAACGGAAGCGUGGGAGGCCUCCCAAAACAGAAAUAAAAGAGAAAGACCAAUUAGAUGAUCAGCCACCACGGAAGCUUGGGAGGCCUCGGAAAACAGAGAUAAAGGAGAAAGAUGAAUUAGAUGAUCAGCCACGGCGUAAGCUUAGGAGGCUUUGCAGAACAGAGUUAAAAGAGGAUGAUCAGUCACCGCGUAAGCUUGGGAGGCCUCGCAAAACAGAGCUAAAAGAGGAUGUUCAGUCACCGCGUAAGCUUGAGAGGCCUCCCAAAACAGAGUUAAAAGAGGAUGUUCAGUCACCGCGUAAGCGUGGAAGACCCCCCAAGACCGAGCAACAAAAACAUCUCAUGACCCUGGCACAUAAUAGUAAAGGAAAGGUGAGCCGUGAAGACGGUAAAAAAGUUGUAACUGUAACAGAUAGUGAAAGUGAAGUUGAUGAUACACGCUCAAGGAGAUCUUCCGGUAAAAAGUUAAAAAAGAAAGGAUUUUCUCCUGUAAGGAAAAAUAAAUUGCGAAAGGUUUUGAAAACUGAGAAUGGUGGGAUGGCAUCAAAUACUGUGGAUGCACCUGUUGCUAAACAAAGUACAAGCCGUGAAGAAAAGAAGUUGGUGAGGGAUAAAAUAAUGGAAUGUCUCUCGGCUGCAGGAUGGACUGUUGACCGUAGACCUAGAAACGGAAGAGAUUAUAUUGAUGCAGUAUAUGUUGCUCUGGACGGAAAAACACAUUGGUCAAUAACCUUGGCAUACAAGAGGCUUAAAAAGCAUUAUGAAGCCGGGGACGGUGAAGGUAAGUUGUACAGACCAGGAUUCAAAUUUACACCAAUAUCGGAGGAAGAUUUCAAUUCAUUAACUAGAGUAGCUACCAAGUCCAGGAUAGAUAGUAAAGUUAAACGUGUGCCAUUUGGAGGAAAGGGUGGAAAGAGAGUCGAUGGAGUCAAUCGAAAAAAGAAAAAAAUAAAACCAGGUUCUGGUGCAGGCAAGGGUAAGUUAGUGAAAGGGAAAAAGAAAAGGAAACGAUCACUUCCUGAGGAGGGCAACUCAAAUGUUACAUCACCUAACAGGGAUCGUAAACGGCAUAAAACACACAACAAGACUCGAUGUGCUCUGUUGGUUCGUGAUGCUACAGAGGAGGUAGAUUCAGAAGUUAAUGGAUAUGUGCCAUACAGUGGAAAACGAACUGUACUUGCCUGGAUGAUUGAUCUGGGCACAAUCCUCCAAAAUGGGAAGGUCCAUUAUAUGCAAGAUAAGUUGGAAAUUGCUUUCCAAGGUAAGAUCACAGGAGAUGGCAUUCACUGUGGAUGUUGUAAUGAAAUCAUAACAAUUUCAGACUUUGGAGCUCAUGCAGGAAGCAAACAAUCUGAUCCUCUGAAAAAUAUAUAUACGGAGGAAGAAACUUCACUCCUACAAUGCCUGCUAGAUUCAUGGAAUAAACAAGAUAAAUCUGAACUUAAAAGUUUUCACUUCGUUGAUGUUGCGGGUGAAGAUCCAAAUGAUGAUACAUGCGGUGUAUGCGGAGAUGGUGGAGACCUGAUCUGUUGUGAUGGUUGCCCAUCAACAUUCCAUAAAAGCUGCUUGGAUAUAAAAAAGUUCCCAUCUGGUGACUGGCACUGCAUUUAUUGUUGUUGCAAAUUUUGUGGGUUGGUUGAUGGAAGUUCAAACCAAACAGUUGUCAAUGAUGAUUUUACUAUGCCUACACUGCUCACAUGCCAUUUAUGUGAGGAAAAAUUUCACAUAUCCUGUAUUGUGGCAAAUGGCGAUAAGACCGAUGAUUCCAUGGUGGCAAAUGGCGAUAAGACCGAUGAUUCCAUGAUGGCAAAUGGCGAUAAGACCGAUGAUUCCAGGAAUACAUUUUGUGGAAACAAAUGUCAAGAGUUAUCUGAGAGACUUGAAAUGCUUCUUGGGGUUAAACAUGAAAUUGAAGAUGGAUUUUCUUGGUCUUUUAUUCGGCGGUCAGAUGUUGGCCUUGAUGUUUCUCUGACAAAAUCUCAGACGGUAGAAUGUAAUUCUAAGCUAGCUGUUGCAUUAUCAAUAAUGAAUGAGUGCUUCAUGCCAUAUAUUGAUCAUAGAAGUGGGACCAAUCUGAUCCGCAGUAUUCUAUAUAAUUGUGGGUCAAACUUCAAACGGCUGAAUUAUAGUGGGUUUAUUACUGCAAUUCUAGAGAGAGGUGAUGAGAUCAUCUGUGUCGCAUCUAUCAGGAUCCAUGGGAACCAACUUGCAGAGAUGCCAUUUAUUGGAACCCGCUAUAUGUAUAGGCGACAAGGAAUGUGCCGUCGGCUUCUAAAUGCCAUUGAAUGGGCACUUAGUUCUUUACAUGUUGAGUUAUUGGUCAUACCAGCUAUAUCAGAACUCAGAGAAACCUGGACCUCCAUUUUUGGGUUUGAGCCACUUGAACAAACAAGCAAGCAAAUAACAAAGAACAUGAAUCUGUUGGUAUUUCCACAUGUAGAUAUGUUACAGAAGAAGAUAUCAAAGCAUGAAAUUGCAAAUGAAAAUUUGAUUGCUACUGAAGUUUCUAAUCAUAAGAAUCUUACUACAUACAAAGUAGCAAAACUGGAUGGGGAAGACUCAUCUGUAUCUGAUUGUUGCCCGAAGAUUGAAAAAGCCAUAUCUAUUGAAUCUGGUUGUCGGCAUUUUGAGAACUCAUUGAAUAAUGCACCUGCCAUUACUAGUGACACCAUACAGAAUAGUAUAUCCCUAAAAGAUGUCACAUGUCAUGCUGUAUAUGAGACUGUUCAUGAAAAAUUGGGCGUGGACCACAAAAGCACCGUAAAUGCUGGUGAGGAUGUAGCUAAGUCUUGUUGCCAAGUAGAAGAUAAGGAAAGACACUGUCUCAGUACAUCUUGUAUUAACACUGAAGCUUCACAAGAACAUUACGUUGGUGCUAUGUCGGAGGUUACUGAGAAUUUUUCCAAAGAGGUCAAAGUAACAAUUGAGGUUGGUUUAAAUAACAACAGUGAUGAAAAAUCUGCACCCUCUUCUGAAGAAAAUAUUCCUAUUGACUCACAAAUUGAGUUUAGGACUAGGGAAUCAAAAUAUUCGGCUGAAAGUAACCAUGAUUCACCCAAGAUUUCUGAUAGUUUUGAACCGAGAGUUGAGACUAACUGUGCUCAACCAGGCUGUAUUGGAUCAGAAGUAUAUGCUGAAUCUGUCAAUGGUUGUGGCUCUCAUUCUAGACUAGAUGGUGAUAGUGCCACUGGUGAAGCAGGUCUCACAACCAACAUGAUGCAUGUUGAAUCAGAGAAUACUACCAAAGAUUUGCCCGCUAAUUGUGAAAACAACUCUAGUUCUGUUAGUGUGCCAAAUGCUGAUGAAGCAGAUCUAUAUAAUUCCAAAACAAUUGAUCUCCAGAAAAACAAAAAUCCUGGAGGUUGCCAAUCUAUUCUAGUUUCUUCAGGUAUUUGUGAGAAAAUUGCUGAUGGUGUCAAUGAGACGAAUAAAGCCCUUGAUGAUAAGCCUGCUGAUAUUGAAGUAAUUCUUGAUGAUAAGCCUGGUUCCCAUUCUAGGCCCAAUGGUCAUAGAGCCUCUGGCGAAGCAGGUCUCACAACUAACACUUCGAUGUAUCUUGAAUCUCAGAAUAUCACCAAAGAUUUGCCUGUUAAUUGUGAAAACAAUUCUAGUGUUGGUGCGCCAACAAUUGAUCUCCAGACAAACAAAAAUCCUGGAGAUUGCCAAUCCAUAUCAGUAUCUUCAGGUGAUUGUGAGAAAAUUGCAGAUGGUGUCAAUGAGAGGAAUAAAGCAUCCAGUGCAGUUGAUGUUUUUCCGUUUGAUGUUGAAGUAUUUCCCAAUAACAAGUCUGGGAUAAGGAAGUCUUCAGAGCUAGCAGAGCUUGAUUUGCAGGUUGAUCAAACUGAACCGAGUAACGCUAACAUUGCUUCAGGUGUGGCUCUGCACUGUAUAUCUACCGACAGUACUUCACGUGGUAGUACUGACGGGACAGUUCCUGCUAACCAAGGUAGCUGAAGUAUCACCACAUGAAGUAGUUCAUGUGGUAGUACUUCAUUUUGGAAAGAGUCACAGGUAAGCCCUUGGUCAUUAAUUCAGGAGGUGUGGUCUCCCCUACUUAAUGUGACGAGAUUUGUCUUUGUAGCAAAGUAUUCUGUAAAAAGUUGUUAGAGAAUAGGGUGAUCUUAUGCUUAGAUAAAGAUUUUUGGAGGUUAGCUCCAUUUUUUAGGAGGGCGGAGGAGCUAGGGGAGGAAAACACCAUGACUUGAGACUCGUGUAUUUUGUUACUCACGUGGUUAUUGCCAUUUUUUACAAUUGUCGCUUAUAUUUUCUCCCUUUUAGGUAUUACAUUGAAUUCGUUCGUCAUUAUUAACUUGUUUUGGUGGUAGAAAUUGACAUGAUUAAUUGAGGGUCAUGGAUGGCAAUGAGCUUGUACCUUAA